UGCUCUCUGCUGGUUGCUAAGGUUAAUAAUAAGAUGGAUUAUGUAAUAUCAAUAAUAUUAAAUAGCUAAAGCAACUUAUGUAAUGAAAGUCAAAAAAGAAACUUCUUUGCUCAGCGUUUUGAUUCAAAGUCAAAGCAACAUCCUUCAUAGUCCUCCAUGUGAAAGCUUUCUUUACUUAUUAAUUGCACUUAAAUGAAGCUCUACACGCUUGCGGUUUAUUUAUUUGUUGUGAUGAAAAAUGACAGCAACUGCAAAAACUGAAGACAAAAGCAAUUGUUUUUCUGAAAUAUAUUGAAUAAUAUAAAUCAUGAAGCGUGCAGACUUCACCGUAAUUUUGAACGGACUGGAACUUGUUGCAAGAACAUUUAUCAGGAUAAAUGGGAGUAAAAUUGAUCACACAUGGCAAAACUCAAGCCUCAACAGUGUCUCUAAGUCUCUCAUUACUUCUGCAGAGGAAAAUCUUAGCACAGUAUUUACUUAUCCAGGCAAAAGUAAUCCUGUCAUCAAUAUCGCCACUGAAAUUAAAGAAAGAGGAUCAAUGGUUACAGAAUCUAUUAAGCAAUAUGCAGUUUACACUAUGACCAAUCAGAAGACAAUUCCCAAGUCAGAAGAGUUGAGCAUUGACCACCCAAUUAUUUAUGAAGAUCUUGUUCAAGCGAAGGCAGUUGGUCAUUCUGCUGAGAAAAUUGACUAUAUGCCAAAACAUAAUGUUGAAAGUUCUGAAAUGAAAACUGAGCAACAAUCUGAAAUUAAAUUAUCCACACCCAGUAAUAUCGCAACUAAUAGUGUUGAUUCAUCAUUCAAAGAAGUAAAUGUCAAAGACCAUGAUAUGGAAGCCUUUAAAAUGGCAAAUGUUCAAGAACCAAAGAUUCAAGUGACAAAACUUGGAAAUGACUUUAUCGCAGAAAAGUUAAAACCAAAUAUUGAAACAUCAUCAAACCAAAAACUACCAAAGACCCAUAAGCUUCAACGGUUAAGUGACAGAGCAAGAGAAAGAAAAGUGCCUUCAUCUCGCAUAAGUCGCCUCAUGUCCUAUGGAGGCCUUGCUGCUGGCAUGGGUUUAGGUGCAGUAGCAGAGAUGGCUAGAAGAACAUUUAAUCCUAAACUGGAAAAAGAUGCUGAUGCAAAUAAUCUUCUUUAUGACAAUCCGUUUCUGUCUGAAGCAAAUGCAAAUCGAAUUGUUGAUACUCUUUGUAAAGUUCGAGGAGCAGCUUUGAAACUAGGGCAGAUGUUGAGCAUUCAAGACAAUGCUAUGAUUAAUCCUCAGCUGGCCGCCAUUUUUGAACGGGUUCGCCAAUCUGCAGACUUCAUGCCCUCUUGGCAAAUGGAAAAAGUUCUUAGAAAUGAACUGGGAUUUGAUUGGCAAUCAAAAUUUUGUGAAUUUGAUCCUAAACCUUUUGCUGCUGCUUCAAUUGGACAAGUUCAUACUGCAAAAUUGCAGAAUGGCACUGAUAUUGCUAUAAAAAUUCAAUAUCCUGGCGUUGCUGAAGGUAUUGAAAGUGACAUAAAAAGUCUGAUGAGUAUCGUCAAUCUUUGGAAUAUCUUACCCAAAGCUUUGUAUUUGGAAAAUGUAAUGGCUGUGGCAAAACGAGAAUUGAAGAAAGAAGUGGAUUACCUUAAUGAAGCGAAAUCGGGUAAAAAAUUUAAAGAACUGCUCAAACCGUACCCUGAAUUUUAUGUACCAGAAGUUUAUGAAGAGCUAAGCACACCAAAUAUAUUAACAACUGAGUUAGUGUAUGGCACUGCUGUUGAUAAGAUAAAAGAUUGUGAUCAAGAAACAAGAAAUAAGGUUUGUGAAAACCUUCUAAAACUUUGUCUAAGAGAAGUAUUUAUAUUUCGUUUUAUGCAAACUGAUCCAAACUGGGCAAACUUUUUGUACAACUUUGAUACAGGCCAAAUCGUUUUGUUGGAUUUUGGGGCAUGUAAUGAGUACACAACUGAAUUUGUUGCCACAUACAUGAACAUAAUAAAAGCUGCUGCAGAUCAAGAUAGAAAUAAUGUGCUGCGGUAUUCUCAAGAGUUAGGUUUUCUCACGGGAUAUGAGACAAAGAUAAUGGAAGAAGCACACAUUGAUGCUGUCAUGAUAUUAGGAGAAGCAUUUGCUUGCAAGAAGCCAUUUAAUUUCCAGCAGCAAAAUAUGACUCAUAGAAUUCACGAGUUAGUUCCUAUUAUGUUAAAGCAUCGACUUACUCCUCCACCUGAUGAAACUUACUCUCUUCAUCGAAAGAUGUCAGGCAUUUUCUUACUGUGCACUAAGCUAGGUGCUGUAAUUGACUGUAGCAAACUAUUUGAUGAAGUAUAUGAACAGUAUAUUAAGCAGUAGAAGCUUUGAGGAUGUUUGAAUGUAGAGUUUCAUGUGUAAUCUAGUUUGUGUAAAUAAAUAAAUAAAAAUA